UGGGGCCUAAUUAUAAAAACCUAACAACCUAUCUCCUAUCUCCCCGGGUGGAUGGGCCCGGGGAUGUGUAACCCUCCCUGCCGGGUAUAGGCAGGGAGGUGAGUACCUAUUGGUGAGCCCUAAGCUUGUAAACCGUUCGCCAGUCUUAUUGUGCGAACGGGCCCUAGCCAGUCUAGUGCGAAGGGUAUAGAGAUACCCAACCGACACCAGGUGUGUAGCUGUGAAAGCAAACCAGAUGCAAGGCACGACUAGGAGAUCCCCCAAGGCCGAAAUCCGAGCUCCCGUCCAAUUGACUGCCUUGCCCUGAAGGGGUUCGGCGGGUGUGAUUGGGUCAACACCCUCUCGGCUUCGUUGGCACCGUAUGGUUUCAACCGAGAACCACGAAACUGUGGCUUUUACCCAGAAGGGGUCAACUGAAUUUACUUGACACAAACGUUUUAGAAACAGGAUAAUCGUCCGCCGCUUUGAAAAAAGCAGCUUUAGAUUGAUAUAUUUGUAGUCGGCAGAGCGACUACGGUGAGCGUUACGUCGGGCGUAACAAAGACAAAAGUCGUAAACGGGCGAGCGCAGAGCGACACGUCCGUACACGACGAGAGUCAGAAGGGGAGUCCUAUUAAAUGUAAAUAGAAAACGAGCUUAAGUCUAAAAUAACAGGGGCCGAAGUAGUGUUAACGCUCAGGCGAGAGCGUCGCGCGAUUGUCCAAUAAGAACGCUCUGAUAAGACUCUAUGAGUACCUAAAAGAAACGAGACAGAUGCGCGCGCGAGCGAGAUAGCACAUGCGUAAAUAUAACGCGUUCGGCGCGAGCGGUCUUCAAUCCCAUGUUGUAGGUGGUGUAGCGAAGCGUACCUCACAUACUCUUGCUAUGUAACCUUUACAAACUACCUGUAUGUAAGUACUCCGUCCCUUUUUAUCUCACUCCCUUAUGUACUCUGACUACAUACUUUUUUGUCACUCCUAUAGCUAUACCCUCUUAUUUUCUUCCCCUAUGUACAACCAAUAACAUAGUGUCGCAAAUCGAAUUACCCCGCGCAUUUCUGGACGCCGACAAACUCGCGUUCCCGCUCGUUUCCUAGAAUAGACGGAAGGGACGGGGCGUUCGUAGCUUACGCGAAUGCGCGCCGACGCGCCACGAACGCGCAGCGACGGGCGCGCCGACAUCUUGUUUUUAGUCAGCAGUAGACGCAGGAGCCGCGCGCGAUAAGCAUCGAUCGCAAGUACCUAUAAUUGCUAGAUCCGCCGCGCGUGCCCUCACAAAGGUUCCUCUACGAAAGAUGGCGUCCCAACUUUAGGGCCUUAUACCUACUAUAGUUGGUGUUAAGUAUAAACAAUUGGUGUAGUUAUUGUUCGUGUACGUGUUCGAGUACCAUAGUGUCCGUUUAAAAUGCCGCGAACGCGCCAACGGCAAUCACUCAAUGGCUCGCACGCCGAAGACCUCAACGACAGCGUCACCAUGUCUCGCGACAACUUUACCGCACUGCUGACGACUAUCCAGCAGUCCAACGCGGAUAUGUGCGAGCGCAUGCUGCAACGCCUGUCCGCGACGGCGUCCACCCCGACCGCAUCACCGGCACCAACGCCGAGCGCGGCAGAGAGGACCGGCAACUUCGCUCGAUGCACGUCGAGAUUCUCCGGAUCGGCGAAGGAAAACGUGGAAACGUUCAUCGACGCCAUUGAGGCAUAUAAAGAGUGCACCAAUAUUUAUGACGAUGUGGCCAUAAAAGGCAUGUCCAUGCUGCUGACAGACGACGCAGCGACCUGGUGGCAGAGCAUUCGUUCCGAAGUUUCGUCGUGGAAUGACGUAAUAAAAUACCUACGCGACGCAUACGGAGAUCGCCGCCCCGAGUACAAAAUAUACCGAGAAUUGUUUAGAAUCGAACAGGCCGAGGAUGUUCGAACAGACAUUUUCAUAGCGAAGAGCCGAGCGCUGUUAUCGCGCCUACCAGCGGGCGACCUAUCAUUGAAGGUGCAGCUCGAUAUGGUUUACGGCCUACUUCAUCGCAAAAUUCGAAAACGCUUACGUCGCGAAGAGUUUAAUAAUUUCUCUGAACUUCUGAAUAAAUCGAGAAUUAUCGAAGAAACUAUAGCCGAGUCAACAAAGAGCGAAGCGCUCUACUCCGCACCGAAAAACACUGCGGCCAAACAGCCCGCAAUGUACAGCAAUGCACGCGCCGAGCCGCACGGAGCACCCGCAGCGCGACGCAACGACGGCGGCGGAGGCCCGCUUCAAGCGCCCGCGCGCCCUCUCCCCGCGCGCCCGCGCUCCCCUCGCGACGAGACAGCGCCGACGCCGCGCGAGCCGCGCGCGCCGCGCCCUCCGCCCGAGCGAGCGCCCGCCUCCACAACACGUCAGGAGCAGACGCAUACGUCAUCACCGGCAUCAUCGAGACCUGCAUCGCGGCCAUUCUGCGUGUCCUGCAGAAGAUUCGGACACCGAAAGAAACAGUGCCGUAAGUCAACAGGAACAGGUGAGGCAGCUGCUCAGACUAAUAAUAAUCCGGUGUCGUGUUAUCAGUGCGGUACACAAAAUGUGACUCGUGAAAACUGUAAACAAUGCAACAACGAACAAAGUUUUUAUAGCAUUGCCCCGCGAAUAAGAAACACUUCUUAUUCUAAAUCAACGCAACAGUCGAAUCAUAAUAUAAGUAAUAAUAGUUACGUUGCAAAUUGUAUAGAGUCGACGUCGCAUUCGAACAUAUUUUCUAAUAACAAUUGUGUUCAACAGAAUAGCGGGUCAUGUGAUAGUCCGCGCAUAAACGAGCAACCAUCUAAACAAAAAUUAGAUUCGCGUUAUUUACGUAAACAAAAUUGUACGUGCUCAAUUAAUAACUUAAAACUAAAUAAAGAGUUUGCGGACGUUCACUUGACCAGCAACGUGGUGAAAUGUUACCACGAAUAUGUUACGAAGAAUAAUAGCAAGGAUAACAUGAUUAUUGAUAACGCUCAUUGUGAAUUAGGGUGCAAGCGCCAAUUAUCUACCAUUGUACCGGAAAACAUUUUAUGUUGCGAUGACGCCGACGACGACUAUUCUUCGCAUUAUUUUAAUAUGUGUAAUGACGCCCGCGAUAUAGAGGGGUGUAACCAAUAUGCUUGUAAUUUGUUUAGUGAUUCUUUUUGUUCUUGCAAUUGUUUUAAGCAUAAGUUAGAUAUUAAGGUGUGUAGUGACACAAUAUAUUGUGAUGAGAGCACGCGCGCCGGUGACGGUAACCAUGAUAAACUCGGGGUAGUUUCGCGACCAAUUUUUAAUAUAAAAAUAUUAGGCGCGUCGGGAACCGCGUUAGUUGAUACCGGUGCUAAAAAUUGUAUUGCGGGCCACACGCUGCACAUCCUCCUACGUCGCAAGGGUCAUCCACUUCAACCGGCGCGAAGACGUAUCAAACUCGCUGACGGACACGCGCGCGAGCUUGACGUCCUAAUAACUACUCUGGACGUGCACCUGGAAGGAAAGGUGGUUCAGGCACCCUUCCUCAUCCUUCCGGAUGCACGACAGAAUGAGACAUUACUGGGCAUGGAUUUCCUCUUGGCAGCUUCAUUAAUAAUGGAUUUUGCUAGGAAAUGUUGGUGCUUUUCAGAGACUCGCCACGUGGAGUACCCGAUGCAGUUCGAACCCUCCAUCUUGCCACAGCUUUCCUGUUCCUCCGCGGAUGUACUCCGGGAAGAUGAAGGUACAGUAUUGACCCAACCGGAACGGGACCUGCUGGAGCAGACCUUGGUGGACAAUGGGGACAUCUUCCAGCUAGGGGGAGAGCCUACCCCCUAUGCUGAACAUCGCAUUGAUACAGGUGAGCACCCUCCUAUCUCGGUACCACCGUACCGAUUGACCCCGGCCAAGAAGGAACUUAUGCGUCAAGAAAUCGAGAAGAUGCUCAAGGACGACAUCAUUGAAGACUGUGAGUCUGCAUGGUGUUCUCCUGCUCUUCUAGUUCCUAAGGCCAACGGCAGCAUACGCUUCUGUGUAGAUUACAGGCGCUUAAAUGCUGUUACCAAAACCGACCAUUAUCCUAUGCCGUUGAUUGACGAACUAUUACAAUCAACGAAGAGGGAUUGCUAUAUGAGUACCCUGGACCUUAGGUCAGGUUACUGGCAGGUGAGUGUGAAUGAGCAAGAUAGAGAUAAGACCGCUUUCAUCAGCCCACUGGGAACUUUUCGAUUUAAGCGUAUGCCUUUCGGACUGAAGAACGCGCCAUCGACGUUCCAGAGGCUGAUCGAUCGUCUGCGCUCAUGCUCAUCUCUAGCCCACGUCACCAUCCUGGCCUAUUUGGAUGACCUCCUGAUCAUCUCCGAAGGUUUUCAGCAGCAUCUAGAGGAUCUCCGGUCUGUCUUCAGUCGCCUUCGAGAAUUCAAGUUGCGGGUGAAUCGAGAUAAAUGCGUAUUCGCCAGGGGGAGUGUCCAGUACUUGGGCCAUGUUAUUACCCAACAGGGAAUCUCACCUGACCCUGACAAGGUCAAGGCCGUUCUGGAUAUGCAUGAACCCAACAACUUGAAGCAUCUACGAACCUUCUUGCAGACCUGCUCGUGGUUCCGCAAAUUCAUCCUGAAUUUCUCGGCCGUGGCCGAACCUCUGACUAGAUUAACUAGGAAAAGUCAGACUUGGACCUGGGGUACAACGCAGUCCUCUGCUUUUCACGACCUGAAGCGACUUUUGACUUCAGCUCCAGUGUUAGUUCAGGCAGAUUUCAAUCGCCCUUUUAUCCUCCGCACCGACGCUAGCAAUUAUGCGCUGGGAGCCGUCUUGCUCCAGGGGGAGGAUAAGGAAGAAAGACCCAUCGAAUACGCCAGCCGUCUUUUGACCGCCGCUGAGCGAAAUUAUUCGACCACUGAGCGAGAGGCUCUAGCCGUCGUAUGGGCUGUAGAGCGAUUUCGGUGCUACUUAGACGGACAUCCCGUAAUUAUAGGUAGCGAUCACCAACCCUCCGUUGGCUUAUGA